UAGAAAUCUGUGAGUUUAUAUCUCUAUGAUCAGUUUCCGUGCAUUUCAUUGAUGUAGUGUUUUGUUUUAGAAAAAUUUCGCUGUUCAACCAUAUCAGUUUCAAAAUAUUCUCCGCCAUUUCCCGAAUCAAUAUAACCUGAAUAUACAAUAAUCAUCCAUGUAUUUCAUGUUGCAACAAAAGUUCAAAAAGAUAUUUUUCCCAUUUUCUAAUAAGUCGCCAACUAAAAUGGGGGAUUAUGUUGCAGACUUUGAUAGUCCAGACUACGCGUAUGACGAUGUAGAUAAUUUAGGUUCCAGCAAAUCAAGAAUUAUGCCUGCAACCCGAGAACUUGUCAACGAACUCAUCGCUUCUGACAGCGUCGUAAUAUUCUCAAAGACCUACUGCCCUUAUUGUAAAAUGGCUAAAGAGGUAUUCGAUAAGCUGAAACAUAAAUAUACAGCGAUUGAACUUGACUCACGGAAUGAUGGCGAUGAAAUUCAAUCUAUUCUUAGUGAAUUGACAGGUGCUAGAACUGUGCCCAGAGUUUUUGUUAAUGGUGAAUGUUUGGGGGGAGGCACUGACGUUAAGAAAAUGUCUGAAAGUGGGGAGCUUUCGCUGAAACUAACUCACGAAUAAUAAUGAUACCCUAUAAUUUUUACAUGU